AUGAGGCUGUCUGCGCCUGAUGUUUAUGAGCUUAGCCGACCGCGGUAUCUUGCCCGCCCAACUGAGUUGUUGCCGCACCAAAAGACAGGGGAACCCUCUUCAUCGCAAGUUCGCAACACCAUGCGAGAGCGAACUAGAGCUGGGAAACUUUCAACGAGUGUCCAGUCUCUUACAUCUGGUUUGUGGCUCGACAGAGGGUGCCGCAGGAGGGAUCUGCCUCUGCAGCUUUUGGGCUGGUUCACUUCAAUUGCACUCAUCUCAUCGUCAAUUCUCACUUCAAGCCCUACUAAUUUCAUCUCUGGUUUGAUCCGCGUACUCACUCACAGCAUCCAGCAUCCAAUCAUGACCCCUGUCUGCGUGCUGGUCAAUGACCCCACCACUUUCAAGAUGAUGGCUGCCUGCUCAUCUCAGCCCAAAAUCUCACUCAAGCAUCGGGACAGCUCAUUCUCAAUCUCAGCCUCAUAG